AACUCCAAAUUCAACGCAGUACGGAUUGGACUGACAGUUAAUGCCCGAGGAUAUUGCCAGAAUUUGAAAGUUUAUGCUAGUCAAUGAGAACAAGGUGAGUCACAUUGUGUUGUGCAAUAGGAUAUAAAUCUCACUUGUAUUUCACGUCACGUUUUGAUCGCUGACUGGACGAUCGGUGCUGCGAUUAUUAAUCAAUCUUUGCCUAGCCGCUUUUACACAGUGUAUAUAAGGCUAGACAGUCGCGCCCAGAAAUACCCGGUUGCUAGUGCUCUAUCGUGUGUGGAGAGGGACGAGAAAAAAUCUAUUUCUAGCACGCCUCUUCUUCCCGUGCAGUAAACGAUACGGCAUUUGACUAGUCGAGCUUGAACUUUCUGACCAGACUGAUGUUGUGUGUGUGCAUGUGAAAGGGAUAUUUUCAAUCACUCGUCAGUUUUCAACAACCAACAUUCCAAAGAUGCAGGAAAACAGCCAAGAUCAAGAUCAGAUUAUUAUGACACCGGGGAAGAGGACAGCCAAUUCUACCACUAUUGUGGUUGAAAGGCGUCCCAUAGCUAUCAAAGACCAGCAAGAAAAUCUUCAUGUCGCAGGUGGGGCUCACAAAGGGAUUGUUAUUAAUAAAAACACUGUGGCCGUUGAAGAUGAUCCAACACCGGCACAACUUUCAUUGGAGUUUUGUGUGUACUUGAUCAGUGCUGCCACAAACAUGCACACCAAGGAAAGUCGACAACUCAGAUUUUGGUUCAAGGAAGUGGUCUCUGAAAGUGAUCAACCAAAGGUUGCUCAAGAAUUCUUCAAACAAUUGGUUGCCCCAUUCGAAUUUCCCAGGGACUAUGUUGGAUUCAUCAAGAAAAUCAUGAAACUGAUGCAACAAGAUUAUCCUACUUUACGAAAGAUUGAAGUAGAACUGAAGCAGCUUGGACAGUCCAGUCAGCCACCACCUGAUGCAGGUAUGAUGGAUCAAGACGUGAGUCUUACCGAAAUUGAAGUCACAUCUUCGCGUUUAUUGGAAAUGAUCGAGUCUGCCUAUCCCAAUCCUCUGUCUGUGUCUGAAAUGGCCAAACAAACGCACAGCGAAAAAAGUAAAGUAUUUUUACUCCUAUCGGAACUUCAAGCAAGCGGCAUGGUGAAAACCGUGAAUGGCAACGAAUCAUUCACCCGCGUAGUGCAAAACGAAAAUAAAGUUAAAGUGGUUAAGCAAAUGCCGAAAAUCGUCAAGGCCAAGCAACCCACUAUCGCCAUUAUUACUUCUCAGUAUUGCGAGAAACUUGCGGUUGACGCCAUGAUGGAUGACCAAGAAACUUUUGUUCGCUACACGACCGUCGGUGAAUCAAAUAUCUACACGUUGGGUAACAUCGGCCAGCACAGAGUGGUCUGUACAAAACUUCCCACCGUUGGCCACACACGAGAAGCCCUGAUUGCUUCCGGAAGCACAACAACCCGACUUCUGGGGACGUUCCAGGCAGUUGAAUUCGUAAUUCUCGUGGGAUUAGGCGGAGGAGUUCCUCAUUACACGGACCAUGCACGCCACGUUCGCCUUGGUGACGUUGUCGUUUCUUCGCCCAUCCCACCAAACAAAGAUAUAUAUACGUAUUGUGAACUGGAACCAGUUAAAGAAGGGCAGACGCAAAGCACUCCAGUUUAUGAAACGAAAUCCUGGGCCCCGCCAACGCUCCUCCUACAAGAAAUCAGCAGCCGCUUGAAAACACAAGGCGAGGAAAAUCCUAGUCAGGCAGUUUGGAAUGAUUACCUCACAGACGGAAUAAGCAAACUGUCGAAAGAUGGCGUUAACUUUGCUCGUCCUUCAGAAGACACUGAUAAAUUAUACAUGUCUCUUGGAGGAUCUGACGUCAUUGAGGUCACGCAUCCCACUGGCUCUUCUGAAAAUGGGCGCCAGACAGGCAAGCCAGUAAUUCACCUAGGACCGAUAGCUGCUGGCCGUCAAGUGAGCAAGGACGAUCAACUUCGACAGGAUUUCGCCACCCGCUUUGGAAUAUUGGCGUUCGACAUGGAAUACGAUGCAGUCAUUGAAAGCGUUUACGGCAAUCGAAAAGAUUCUUAUUUGAUUGUGCGUGGCAUAGCCGACUACAAAGAUGGCUCAAGGAAAAAGGAAUGGCAACCUUAUGCAUCACUAGCAGCAGCUGCUUUCACAAAAGCUGUCAUUUGUUCAAUGACCCUUUCCAAUGACGACUAAGUUACAUUGUUUGGCCCUACUCAAUUUGCCAAAAUUCUAUUGCCAUUCAGUUGUUCUCUGAAAUUUGGUGUCUCUUUCUCUUCAAAUCAUUUGAUCUGUUUAUUUAUUAAGAUCUGACAUUCACAACCAUACUUUUUAGCCGUUUUUAAAUCGAGUCAUCCAGCUGCUGCAUUUUCCUUUGCUAUUCCCAAAUUACGUCCUAGUCCAUACAACUAUAUUAGACUAAUAGCCAGAACAUAAUAUAUUUGCAUCACGCAAGCUAAUUAUUUUUAGCUAUAUAAUACCUAGCUACAAAUUGACGAAUCAUCAUUCAUUUUUAAAUGCAAACAUAUUAUAUCCAAAAUACAAAUUAAUGGUAGCUUUUAGGUGGAAUUUAUGAUACGGCCUUUUUUUUCAAAAUCGAAUUCUGUGUAAGAACAGUAUUAUUACAAUACAAAUUGCUUCAAAUCUUA